UACAAUCAACUACAAACGAUUCUGGACCUGUGUUUAGGUCCUCGACCUAAAUAUAUUGCACCACCCUAAUACGCGUUUUGUCACUUCAUGUAAGAGCACACAAACAGAUGUAUAAGUUACGGCUAACUUUCCAGCCGCUAACAAUGAGCACCACUGUACGGUAACUUAGUUGAGGGGAAACUUAACGAAUGUUACAGUGCGGUGGGCUACAUCCCUUUUCGUUUUGCUAGCAAUUUGUCACCUCUUAGAAGACAGCAAGGAGAUCACGUCAGCCAUCACACCACGUUCGGUAAGCCAAGUCUUGUGUGCCACACUAUUCAAACUCAUAGAUAUUUACAAAUAAAACGACCUUUAAUUUCAUUGCACUAAAACCACUGUGUCUUUUAUUUACUCUUAUUUUCGUUACAUUAACUUUACGCUGGUGCGCUCCAUCUUCGUGCGACGCCACCUGGGUAAAUAUUGGUCUUCGAGCCUAAAAAGUAACCAAAUUAUACAGUCCACAUAGAAUCACAUCUGAGUUUUUCAACUGCCUCAACCGAUCGCCACAUUUUUCCACAUUGGUUACAACAGCAUCACGUUCGUCUACGUCUACGUCAACCUGAGUUUUUCGCACCACAACCAACGUGCCACAAGAGCUAUAUCAAGCGUUUUUCUUCGGUUUGCUACACAAGCAGCGGUUUUUGGUUCAUCGCUUAACCGGCUGUUCAUCAAAUCAACGUUUUGUAUUGCAUCACAGCAUCACGUUUGCAUCACAGCAGCACUAGUGUCAGCAACACAUUUUUUAACAAACCAGCAUAUCGCACUACACGGCAAAUAACAACACAUUAAGAAUGACUCGUUUCUCGGCCAAUCGCGCACAUGCGGAAGAACGCGCUGAUAAAUUUACGGUUCUAUGCCGGUUAUGCGGCGGAGCGCAUAGCAUUCGACUAUGCCCCCUUUACCGUGGCAAAGCGGUCGAAGCAAGGCUGCGUGCAGUCCUGCUGCAUAAAUAUUGCCCAACCUGCCUCUCGCCGUUCCACCGCCUCGACAUGUGCAGCAGCACGGAUCGAUGCCACCGAUGUCGCGAAAAGCAUCACACCUCGCUCCAUCUCGAUGACUGCGAAGACCAAAGGCACCCAGCGAACGCGAUCAACGACGGCGAGAGCUCGGACGGGGCACUCUCUAUCGACGUUACGGAGCAGACGAAGUCGUGGGCGCAGCAGGUCGAAGAGGAGGAGUUGGAGGGGUUAGAGAGGACAGACUCUUCCACACAUGAGCGACAAAAGCGCAACUCUGGAACUGGCACACCGAGACCGUUAGACCAGUUACCACUACGCGCGGGCGACGCGGAAUCUCGUUCUUUCCGCUCGCCAACGCGUACACAACACAACUGGCGCGACGCGGAAACUCGUCCUUUCCGCUCGCAAACGCGUCAGCAAUACAACCGACGCGACGCGGAAACUCGUCCUUUCCACUCGCAAACGCGUCAACAACACAACUGGCGGCAACACGGCGGCGCGGAAACCAGUCCUUUCCGCCCGGCAUCACGAUCGCAACGCAAGCCAAAACGACGCGACGGCGCGGAAACUCGUACUUUCCGCUCGUCUAAGCGAUCGUCUAGGCUACGCAAAGCAGCACCAUACCACAAAACUCGCACAAACGACAGCAACAUUAAUUGUCAUGCCUUACAACGCGCUCCACCGAUCGGCUUCCGAACGGGCCGCCUAGUGCAUAGCGGGGAAGAUACGGCAGCUCCGACCGUAUUACGACACAAGCAGUCGUGCUGGACCACCAUAUACGCCUGAGUCCACCGUCGAACCUGGACCCUAAGGUUGCGGCCCCCUUCCAGUACAUGCGAUUGGCGCAUCCGCAAUUCUUUCGCGCGUCACCAAUACGCCUCACACUAGGCCUCGAUUUGCAUGCGGAGAUGAUGGUGAGCGGGACCCCCCCGUCUACCGUGGGUGGCCUGCUGGUCCAGGCGACCAUAACCGCCAACCAUAAACGUAGAUAUUAAGAAAACAAAACCACACAUAUACACACCCUCAUCACACACACACACCUUAAAAUCUAAAUAAAAAAGUGCAUUGAAAUUCCAAACCACGUCUGUUUCAAUUAACGAUGUCCUUUUCUCCACAGCCCCAGCUGAGCCGGUCGUGACGAAAGCGUGGGCGAAUAAGCAGAUCCGCGCAGUACAAAAUCCGCGCUACAUAGUUGAAUAACAUAAGACUUUCCCCACGUGCGUGUGACGGUUGAGACGCGACUCCUUUUUUUCACAGCUUGCUUACCGCAAGGGUGCCGGUAUGUUUAGGUCCUCGACUUAAAUAUAUUGCGCCACCCUAAUACGCGUUUUGUCACUUCAUGUAAGAGCACACAAACACAUGUAUAAGUUUCGGCUAACUUUCCAGCCGCUAACAAUGAGCCCCACUGUACGGUAACUUAGUUGAGGGGAAACUUAACGAAAGUUACAGUGCGGUGGGCUACAUCCCUUUUCGUUUUGCUAGCAAUUUGUCACCUCUUAGAAGACAGCAAGGAGAUCACGUCAGCCAUCACACCACGUUCGGUAAGCCAACUCUUGUGUGCCACACUAUUCAAACUCAUAGAUAUUUACAAAUAAAACGACUUUUAAUUUCAUUGCACUAAAACCACUGUGUCUUUUAUUUACUCUUAUUUUCGUUACAUUAACUUUACACUGGUGCGCUCCAUCUUCGUGCGACGCCACCUGCGUAAAUAACCUGAAUUCAAUAAAAUUUAGG